AUGGGGGUGCCCGUGCCUGGAGAGAACGGCCUCUUGGGUGCCUUCUGGAAGAGGCUGCGGCGCACCUGCAGACCCGGCGGCGGCCCGGGAGGCAGCGGCGGGCGGCGGAGCGCCGACGAGAUACACCUGCUGCAACAGAAGAAGAUCUGGGAGACUCCACUCCUCCUGGCUGCCAAGGAGAACAAUGUCCAGCUCAUCAGGAAAUUGAUCUCGGAUGGUUCCUGUGAUGUUUUGCAAAGAGGAGCGGUGGGGGAGACAGCCCUGCACAUAGCUGCUCUCUACGAUAACACGGAAGCUGCAGAGGUGCUCCUGGAGCUGGCUCCAGAACUCAUUAAUGAAAAGAUGACGUCAGAACUCUAUGAAGGACAAACACCUCUCCACAUUGCAGCAAUCAAUCAAAAUAUAAACCUAGUGAAAUGUCUGAUCAAGAAAGGGGCUCACAUCUCCACUCCUCGAGCUACAGGACUCUUCUUCAGGCACAACCCCAAAAGCCUCUUCUACUUUGGGGAGCAUAUUUUAUCCUUUGCCGCCUGCACAGGAAAUGAGGAAAUUGUGAGCCUCUUGGUUGAAAAUGGAGCCGAUAUCAGGGCACAAGAUUCUCUAGGUAACACUGUUCUUCAUAUCCUGGUACUUCAACCCAACAGGACCUUUGCAUGCCAGAUGUACAGCCUGCUGCUUGCCUACGACAAACGAGAGGCUGGCCUGGGACCUAUCGACUUGAUCCCAAACCACGAAGGCCUCACUCCAUUCAAACUGGCUGGAGUCGAGGGCAACACUGUGAUGUUCCAGCACCUUAUGCAGAAGCGAAAGCAUGUGAUGUGGUCCUUUGGGCCCAUUAACAACAUUUUCUACGACCUCACGGAAAUAGACUCCUGGAACGAAGACCAGCCUUUUCUAGAGCUUAUUGUCUCAACCAAGAGAAGAGAGGCUCGUCGCAUCCUAGACAUUACGCCAGUUAAGGAGCUUGUGAGUCUGAAGUGGAACACUUAUGGGCGCCCAUACUUCUGCUUCCUGGCAUUAUUUUAUCUCCUGUACAUUAUCUGCUUCACCUUGUCCUGCAUUUACAGACCUCUGAAAUCACGGUCAGAAAACCAAACGGAUGACCGGGACAUUACCAUUGCCGUGCAGAAAACGCUGCAGGAGUCCUACCAGACAUAUGAAGACCACCUCAGGCUGGUGGGGGAGCUGAUCACUGUGAUAGGAGCCAUGGCAAUUUUGCUCCUAGAGAUUCCAGAUAUUCUAAGAGUUGGAGCCACUAAGUAUUUUGGACGAACCAUCCUGGGAGGACCUUUCCACAUCAUCAUCAUCAUGUAUGCAUGUUUGAUCCUGGUGACCAUGGUAAUGCGACUCACAAGCACCGAUGGAGAAGUGGUACCCAUGUCCUGUGCCUUGGUUCUGGGCUGGUGCAACACCAUGUAUUUUGCUCGAGGGUUUCAGAUGCUUGGGCCCUUCACCAUUAUGAUACAGAAGAUGAUCUUUGGAGAUCUUAUACGCUUCUGUGGCCUAAUGGCGGUUGUGAUACUUGGCUUUGCAUCAGCCUUUUACAUCAUCUUCCAGACAGAGGACCCUAAUGGCGUGGGGCAUUUCUACAACUACCCCAUGUCUCUCUUCAGCACCUUCGAGCUGUUUCUGACCAUCAUUGAUGGACCUGCCAACUAUGAAGUGGACCUGCCUUUCAUGUUCAGCGUGGUGUACUUUGCUUUUGCGAUCAUUGCCACUCUGCUUAUGCUGAACUUGCUUAUUGCCAUGAUGGGCGACACCCACUGGCGGGUGGCCAGCGAACGGGAUGAACUUUGGAGAGCACAGGUUGUUGCCACUACAGUCAUGCUUGAGCGGAAACUCCCACGAUGCCUCUGGCCUCGCUCUGGCAUCUGUGGGCGAGAGUUUGGACUGGGGGACAGGUGGUUCCUCAGGGUGGAAGAGCGUUUGGAUGCCAGCAAGCAGAAGAUGCUUCGCUAUGCAGAGGCCUUUAAGGGCCAAGACAAAGAGGAUCUGGACAAGUUAUCCGGGAAGCUAGAGCUGGACGAUCCUUUCCGGAAGGAACCGUCUCCAACCGUCUCACGGAGCACAACCCAGAGUAGUUUCCACCGCGGUUGGCAAAUCCUGCGGAACAACACCUUCAGCCACCUACGUGGUGAAGUAAACAAUGCCUUAGAAGAAGAGGUCUACCAUGUCUGA